AUUAGUUCAAGCUUCACCCGCGAUGGCUCCUCCUAAACCCAUGAAUGGUGUUUCGGUUGCAAUCGCGGCUCUCAUACUACUACUUGUAGCAUGUUGUCAUUGCGUUGAUGCAAACGAUCAACAACAAUUCAUGGCUCCACAAAACGCAGCAAGGGCUCACUUGAGGCUCAGACCGCUAGUGUGGGACGCCAAACUAGCCCGUUACGCGCAAUGGUGGGCCAACCAGAGACGGGGUGACUGCGCCUUGAUCCAUUCGAAUGGACCAUACGGUGAGAAUCUAUUCUGGGGCUCAGGAAAUAGCUGGAGCCCGGCUCAAGCCGCCAAUGGAUGGUUGUCGGAAGCAAGGAGCUAUAACUAUUACUCUAACUCGUGUAAGUCCGAGAUGUGUGGUCAUUACACGCAGAUUGUGUGGAAGAGCACGCAGAGGAUUGGCUGCGCUCAUGUGAUCUGUAAUGGUGGAGGUGGCGUGUUCUUGGCGUGCAGUUAUGAUCCACCGGGGAACUUUCUUGGUAGGAGACCUUAUUGAGUAUGAUCCAUUUGUAUAUCUUUAAAGAAGUCACACCAAAAGAGGUUGUUCUUGCGUUUUUAACUCUUUUCCUUUUUGUAUUACAAAUGUUAUUUUUUUAUUGGUUAAAGUUUUAACGUGCGAUCGGGAAAACCACAUAACGUUUGUUUUCCGACGUUUUCUUAUGUAUGUUUCUGUGAGGGACAUUUCUUUUGGUUGAUAAGAAUUAACU